CUGUAGUAAAGUUUAAUCCUAAUCCAACUGCAUCUUGUUUUGAGUGAGUGAUUACAGUAGCCUGGCUGUGAUAUUCCCCAGCGCUUUAGCCAACACAUGGCUGUAUACCAGAGAAGAGCUACAAUGUUACUGCCACUGAACCUGCAGAGGAAGCAAACAAUGAGAUAACAUAACAUAUUUUUAUAAAAAAAUGUUUCUUCCUGCAUCUGUUCAGCGGGGGCGUUUUUAACAAAAAGAUAAUUUUUUAAAACGGAGGAAGUGAGGGAAGGUAAUGAACGACGGGUGACUCCUACAGGGAAAGCAGCAAAGGGUCAUGGGAUGUGGCAUGGGAAAACCCAGAAUACAGCAGAACAAAUGUGACAGAGUGAGCAUCUCCGUUCCAGCCGCCACAGCGAUUAGAGCUGCACUUUUGAUCCAGCGCUGGUAUCGACAGUAUGUUGCUCGGCUGGAAAUGAGACGCAGGUGCACGUGGAACAUAUUCCAGUCUAUUGAAUACGCAGGGGAGCAAGAUCAAAUAAAGCUAUACAAUUUUUUCGGCUUCCUGAUGGACCACUUCACCCCAACCAGCAGUGAAAGAAACCUUAUAUCUCACAUCUUUCGGGAGAAUGAGAUCUGCCAUGAUGCAGACUGGGAAAGAUAUUUUUGCUACAAAGACAUAGAGGUACCUGCCAGCUACAGCGGCCCUCACCUCACCAUCCCCAUGACAUUCUGUGGGUUGUCAAAGCUAAUGGAGGCUUUUAAGCACAAACAACAGCUCCACGCUCGCUAUGUCCUACAGAUUCUUGGAGAAACUUGGAGACUUCUACGAAUCCUUCCAAACAUCAAUCAUGUCUCUGUCUGCCACACAAAGGAGAUUACAAUAUGUGGGGAUUUGCACGGACAGCUAGAAGAUCUGCUAUUGAUAUUCUAUAAGAAUGGUUUACCAUCGUGUGAAAAACCCUACAUCUUCAAUGGAGACUUUGUGGAUCGUGGCAAGAAUUCGUUAGAAAUUAUGCUCAUCCUGUUCGGGUUCCUGCUUGUUUACCCCAAUGAUGUGCAUCUGAACAGAGGGAACCAUGAAGAUCACAUUGUUAACCUGAGAUAUGGCUUUACUAAAGAGGUCUUGGGAAAAUACAGGGUGCACGGCAAGAAGAUUUUAAAGCUGCUCCAGAAGAUCUUCAGCUGGCUUCCUCUGGCCACAGUGAUCAACCAUAAGGUCCUAGUUGUACACGGAGGGAUCUCCGACUCAACAGACCUCGACAUGGUCACCAGGAUGGACAGACACAGAUAUGUGUCAGUCCUACGGCCUCCUAAAAUGUCCCGUCAAACACUCAAUGGCGACAAGACGGUGAUCGGCAAAAACGAAAACGCGUCAGGACCGGCAGAAGGCCGUCGUCGGGUACGCUCCUUGACCAACACCUCUGCCCUGAUUCAAAAGAACAACAUCCCACGUCGCUCCCUCCACAACCUGCCCAUCACCGGCAACCAGCCGAACUGCUCGGUGGAGGACGAGCUGAAGAAGAGGCGCAGGCUGGCUGGGUUUGAUCAGUCCUACCGAGAGAUGAAGACACCAGACUCUGAUUCGGACCCAGAGUUUGGAGAGCCCAUGGAAACACAUGGCCAUGAGUGGAAACAAAUAGUGGACCUUCUAUGGAGCGAUCCAAUGCCACAAAAUGGCUGCAUUGCCAACGAGGUGCGAGGUGGAGGCUGCUACUGGGGACCGGAUGUAACUGAGGAGGUGCUAGGAAGGCACAACCUCCAGCUCCUCAUCCGCUCCCACGAGUGCAAACAGGACGGCUAUGAGUUCUGCCACGAUCGCAGGGUGCUGACCAUAUUUUCCGCCUCCAAUUAUUAUGAGGUGGGCAGUAACCGAGGGGCAUACAUCAGAAUGGGCCCCGAUCUGGUCCCUCACUUCAUUCAGUACCAAGCCAGCAGCACAUGCAGGGAGCUGACUCUGAGACAAAGUGUCGGCUGGACUGAGAGGUCAGCCCUGCGAGCUCUAAGGCAACAACUGUUUGUUCACAAGUCGGACCUCAUCGGAGCCUUCCAGGAGUUUGACCCCAACAACACGGGGGUGAUCUCGCUACGCCACUGGGCGACGGCUACAGAGAGAGUGCUGAAGCUGGGUCUGCCGUGGAGGGUGCUGCGCCCGCAGCUCGUCAGCAGGGCCCAGCAUGGUAUGGUGAACUACCAGCAGUGGAUAAGAGAGCUCUCUAUUCCUGAGCCCAAACCAGAGGUGUCAGAUACCAGCAUCCUGGAGACAAUGUACAAGAACCACUCUAACCUGGAAACCAUCUUCCGUAUUAUAGACACCGAUCACUCAGGUCUGAUCUCUUUUGAGGAGUUCCGUCAGACUUGGAAACUGCUGAGCUCUCAUCUGAAAAUGGAAAUCAGCGACAAAGCCAUCGCGGACCUGGCCCAGAGCAUGGACUUCAACAAGGACGGCAGCAUCGAUAUCAAUGAGUUCAUGGAGGCCUUUCGCCUUGUGGACCUCUCCUCACAUGGCUGACGAACUGGAGUUGGAAUAGAAGCAGUAGUAGGUUACAUAUUCCUUCUUGAAAACUGCCAAACCCAGUCAGAGGACCAGACUAAGCACGUCGCCUAUUUAGCUGUUUU